GAAAAGCUUUCCCAUGGACAUGCGCUUUCUACUGUGAAGGUGGUCAGAAUUUUGCCACUGCGAGCUGUCUGUGUGCCUGCCUCACCCAAGAGCAGAUAGACCGGCUAGGGCUUUCCCUGAAUGGCACGACGACCACACCUGGUACCGCAACCGGUGGUGAACUCCUGAUCACGCCGCCACCAGACACUGAGGGAAUAUGGUCCGACCCUGUGGAA